AUGAGCAUUGAAAUACUUGCCGAACAACAACAAUUACGACAAACAACUCCAUUCUUUAAUGCUGAACUUAUUAAUAAAUAUUCCAAAUAUGUAAAAACAAUUGGAAAACGAGUCGUCGAAGUUGAAUUCUGUUGGUAUCAGGCAAAUCCAUGUCAAAGUUUUCGAUUACGAAUGACGGAAAAACAAUUUACUGAAGCACAAAAACAUAUUUAUUCAAAAAAACUAUUUAAUAUGAAAUUUGAACAAUUUACUGAUUUAAUUGCUCCUGUAUUCGCUAAUAAUGCAGCGGAAAUUAAUGAUUUUAUAUUACGUUCAACAUUUGAUCGUUUAUUUGAUCAAAAAUCAAAUGGUACAAUUGAACAAGAAGAAUUUGAAUCACUUUUAAAAUUACUUAAAGCAUUCAAUAAAAAUCAAAAUGAUUUAGAAAAGCAUUUUUUUCUAUAUGAAACUCUUCGACAAACAUUUGCACAUCAAAAUAAUCAUAUUUCAUUUAAAGAUUUCAGUGAAUUUGUCAAAUGUGGUUAUGUACGCGAAUUAUUAAUGGGUUAA